CGAAAAACUUAAUUUCCCGUCGGCCCUUGUUGACCGGUUUCAAGUGAAGGGAAGUAAAAUGUCGGCAAUGGAUGGGAUGGGCCUCUUAUUGUGCUUUUAAAAUAACAAUAUCUCAACCUUUAAUACUGUUUUUUAAACGUAAAUUGCAUGUUUUAGAAAAUAAAGGGUAGUUGAAGAUUGUGGAUUUACACGGACAAAACAUAUAACUGGAUCUAAGGAAUUUAGCGCAUGUAUUUGACUGGUGUAGCUAGGAGACAGAGAAAGACUCCAGCGAAGAGGAGACAGAUAAUGAUGAAGAAAGGAGUAGGACGAGGUUGAGGUGUUACCAAUUGCGAUAGGGAGAGCCCAGAUGACGAGCCUAGCGAGCUGGGAGCUGUCAUUACUGCAACCCCCGAAACGCUUCCCUUCCUGGUCUAUCUUCACUGCUCUCCACAGCAUCUCCUUGAUAGUUCUGACCUUGAAGUCGAGUUGACAGCUGAGGUGAGAGUUGAAGGCUCGUCACUGCUCAGUAUCUUGUCCACUGUCACCGCUGGUAUAGGCAACAGGAAGUCAGGGUUGCUCUUUUAUCCCCGGCCCUUAGCAUCCCUCCUCCAGCCACAACCCCAGGCUCCAGGGAGUACUGACUGGACUGCAGCUUGCCCCAAGCCCAGCUCCCAUCCUGGCCAUGGAUUUAACUCGAAUCCCAGGCCUUAAAGGGGUGCCUGCCGUCCCUCCUCCUCACGGGAUCACAGAGACUGCCAAGAGCCCCCUGCCCUCCUCCACAUCUCCCUCCUCUCCUUCCUCCUCUCCUGCCUCCCCACCUUCCUCUUCAUCCUCCUCUCCUGGAGCUGUGGCAACCAGCUACCACAACGACAUCCAAGAGGGAAGGGCCAACAGCGUGAUGAUGGGUGACGUAGUGUCCUCCACUUCCGCCUCCCUGGCUCCCCCCUCCUCUCUCGCUGACCCCCCUUUCUCCUCCUCUGAUCCCUUAUGUCUCUCCCCACCCCCUGUGGGCACCGACGGACAAAAAGAGGACGAGACGGAGAUCUACGACCCUUUUCACCCCACGGAAGGAGAGAGGGAGGGAGGAGCGGCCGAGGAGGAGGAAGAAGGGGAAAAGUACGAUCCCUUUGAUCCGACCGGCUCUCCCCCCUCAGAGAAAGAGGAGGAGGAGCGAGCAAUGGGUGGAGGGAGGGAGAGAGGGAACAGCGUGAGCAGCAAGGGGAGCGAUGCCAGAGGGAAGAAAAGGAAGGCAGAGACGGGGGGGACAGGAGGAGAGGAGAAGGACAAUGCUCCUCCAGACUCCACGGACACUCUCUCUGUUCCCCCGCUCUCCCCGCGCUCCCUUCCUCUACCCCUCCGGAGGAGGCUGGACCGAACCAAAGAGCCCCGGGUGAAAGUACGGGACAGGAGAGAGAAGGCGGACCACUCGGACCACUCUGAAAUUGAGGAGGGUGAGAUCGUGGGGGCCACCGAGAGGGACGAAGGGAAUAGGGAGGAGAGAGGCCGGGAAGGAAUCGUUCCUCUCGUCCUCCCCAUCUCAUCUGGCAGUCCUUUCCUCCACGGGGGAGCUAAGCCGGAGAGGAUCCUGAGAGUGUUGGAUGGGGAUAGCUUUGUGUCGGUGCGGGCUGAUGGGGACUGGGCGGGGCCGGUGAUGCCUGGCAGGGAGGAUGGGGAGCCCAUGGAGGAGGAGGAGGAGGAGGAGGAGGAGGAGGAAGAAGAGGAAGAGGUGGUGGUCGGGGUGGGAGAUCUUAGGAGGAAGCUGGUCAGCCGGCGUAAGGCGAGAUACCGUUCCUCCUUCCCUUCUUCCCUCUCACCUCAGCACCUCCCAUCGUCUCCUCACACCCUCCUUCUGCCUCCCCCCCCUCCCUCCACUGCCGAGAAGGACAAGAGCCGCAAGUCCUCCAAGAGUUCCAAGGAGAGGGAGCGGCGCAAGCGGAAGGAGGGAAAGGUAGGGGAGGAGGAGGAGGAGAGUAGGAGGAGGAGGAAGAAAAGGAAAGAGAAGGAUUGCGGAGGAGAGAAGAGUGGUGAGAGGAAGGAAAGACACAGGGAGAGGGGGCGGCGGAGUGAGAGAGAGAAGAAAACAAAGGUGGAGGAGAGAGGGAGGAGCAGCAGAAGCGAUAGCAGAAAGAGGAAGAAGAGACGAUGGAGCACCCCGGAAUCUUCAGCACGCCCCCGCUCACAAAACUCCUCAGUGCGGCAAAUACGCGGGGGUCGCUCCUGGUCAAACACUUCAGAGGACCAACACAGAGAGAGAGAUAGAGACAGAGAGAAUAACAGAGACCGGUACAGAGACCGAGAUGUGGAACAAGAUGGAGAUCGAGACAAGGACAGAAAGAAAGAUGACACCCGGAGAAGGGAGAGGGAUAGAGACUCGAGCCGGAUAAAGAGGGAAAGAGAGCGAGACGGCAUCCGCGAAUCGACCAGCCGAGAAAGAGGCAGCUCCAAGAGGUCUAAAGGAAGCAUAGAACGAAGGCACCGGGACAGGCACCGAGAAAGGGACAGGCACCGAGAAAGGGACAGGCACCGAGAAAGGGACAGGGACAGAGAAAGGGACAGGGACAGAGAAAGGGACAGGGACAGAGACAGAGAUGGAGAAAGGGACAGAGAAAGGGACAGGGUCAGAGAAGGGGACAGGGUCAGAGAAGGGAACAGGGAACGACGUAGAGACGGUCGUCCCGUGGUGCCACCGUCCAUCCAGGAUCUCAAUGGCUCUGACCUGUUCGCCAUCAAGCGCACCAUCACGGUCACCACGACCACCACCACCACUCUCCCCGGUUCCCCCCCGCUGGCUCCAUCCUCCCCCCACAGCCCCCAGGGCUCGGACAAGCCCCACAAGAGGAAGAAGAAGAGGCGUCGGCGCUCGGACGAAGAGUUGGAAGAAGGCAUGGGCCGGCGUGGGAGCCGCUCCCUCUCGCCGCCGUCACAUUACCAUGGCUAUGACUCAGACCACUUUUCAGACAAACUGGAGAUAAACAUGCACUCUCUGGACGGGGAGGCCCUGGACUCAGACUACCCCUCUAUAGAAGACUCCCCACCCCCCCCCCAGCUUCUGGAACCCGCUGCCCCCAGCGCCAAACCCAAGACCGCCACCAAACCUGGACGCCACCACUUCAAGAAGAAAUCCCGAACGGGCAAGAAAGCUGGUCAGUCCGAGUCAUCCUCUUCCUCCUCGGUUCGACCCAAAGGCAAGGGGCUCUCCACUGCCUCACUCUCCCCAACCCAGGCCGCCCUAGCCACCCUCCCCUCGGCCAAACGAGGGCGGAAGAUGGGGAAGGAGAAAGAUCGUGGGGAAAAAGGGGGAAAGAAAGAGUCUGGUCGGUCUGGCAGGUCCAAGAAAUUAAGCGGUGGUGGGAGGAAAGCCAAGCUGCAAUCCAAAGUGUCAGUGCUUGUGCGUGAGGGCGUGAGCAGCACCACGGGGGGCCCGGUGGGCUCUGGAAAGCUGGGCAUGGAGCUCCUCGGGGCAGGCGGGUCAGUAGGGGGCUCUGGUAUGCCGGUGGUGGGAGGUUCCAUUGCGGUGGUCUUUAGGAGGGACAAUGAGAGCAGGUCUCCGUUCCUCAAGCCCUGCUCUGAGCCUCUAUUGCUGAGUGGACGCAAGGACCUGGGGAAGGUGGGCAAACGCAGUUCCCUGGCCGCUCCCCCUUCCUCCUCGCUGGCCAAUCCCACGGUGGCAACACUGAAGUCCAAGAAGGCCAAGCCCAGCUCCACCACCUCCACUUCCUCCUCGGCAUCUUCGCCCUCAUCGUCCCUGGCAACCAAGCGUAGGCGGCGGCUGGCGAAGAAGAUGCGGGGAGAGAAAGGCUUAGCCGCUGGUUUGACGGACGUGGAUGGCGCCAUGGCCAACUGUAGCUCUGAGGGCGGCGGCUGGGGUGGACCGUCCUCCGACAUCCAAUCAGGAGUCGGGACUAAACCAUCCAGUCCACACUCUGGUCCAGCCGGUCCAACCCCUUCCUCAUCCUCUUCUUCAUCAUCCUCCUCUUCGACCAGUGUCCUCCCCCCGUCCUCCUCACCCCCCCACACCCCUCCGCCCUCCUUCACCACCUCGCGUGAUGCUCGGGAGUCGUCUCCCGACUCGCAGACUGUGGACAGCAGCUGUAAGACCCCUGAGCCCUCCUUCCUAUCCGAGGACUGCCCCGCUCAGACCCAGAGCACCCCCAACCUGCCCCCCUCCAGUCCCACGUCCGUACCAUCCUCCCAGGGGGGAGGCCUCUCACAAUACGGCCCCUCCAGCAUAAAGCCCCUCCCUCUGGAAGAAGCCUCCAAAUCCCUGGCCUCACCCCCUUGCUCCUCCUCAUCUGGCUCUGCCCUCGCCUCUCUCUCCCUACCUCCUUCCUCCACAGACCCCUCCUCCUCUUCCUCUUCUUCUGUUUCUUCAUCCUCAGCCAACAAGCUGCCACCGCCUCCUCCUCCCCCUCCUGCUGCCCCUACCCUCCCCUGGAGUCUGCAGACAGGAGUGGACUGCACAGCCGGAGGAGUUUUAGCAUUGACAGCUCUGCUGUUUAAGAUGGAAGAGGCCAAUAUCGCAAGUAGAGCCAAAGCCCAAGAGUUCAUUCAUGCUACAAGCCAGAUUCUCUCCCAAACCAAUCAGAACCAUUCAUCGCAGCAUGCCCCUUCCUCUUCUUCCUCUUCCCAGGUUCCUCCCCCCGGCCCCACCCCUGCCCAGUUCAUCCUGCACAGCUCUCUCCCAAUGGUGGGCUGCACCAAAACCACGCCCAGCCACCUGCACCCUGGCAUGUCUAUGGGUGGCGGCUGCGCCCAGACCCCGCCCCCUCCCAUGCCCUCUGGGUUCUCGGGAGGGUCCGGGGGCUCCAGUGACAUAGGCUGGGACAACGAGAGCAAGGACCCUGACAAGUACCUGAAGAAGCUCCACACUCAGGAGCGUGCGGUGGAGGAGGUGAAGCUGGCCAUUAAGCCGUACUACCAGCGUAAAGACAUUAACAAGGACGACUACAAGGACAUCCUGAGGAAGGCAGUACACAAGAUCUGCCACAGUCGAACAGGAGAGAUCAACCCGGUCAAGGUGAGCAACCUGGUCAAGCUUUAUGUUCAGAGGUACAAGUACUUCAGGAAGCACGGUCGAAAGAUGGACGAGGAAGAGAGGGAGGACAGAGAGAUGGAUUCCUCCUAUUGAUUGGACCAGGGGUCGCACUCCCCCUCCUUCCAUUGGUCCUGCCACCCAAGGACCAGCCCCGCACUCCUUGCACGUGACUGGGCCCAAUGAGGCCGUAGAGUGACAUUUUGUUUUAUUCCCCUCCCUAUUUGCUGUCCCCAUGUAAACUCGUAACACCCCCCCCCCCCGUCUCCUGUGUGUCUUGCUGUACAGAAAUGUUGAGUAGAUAUCUGCGAAAUAUACACACGCAGUAUAUGAAUUUUUAAAAAAGUACAAUGUUGUGGGAGAGAUGCAGAAUACAUGUAUACACACUUACACAUGCGCGCGCACACACACUGUAUAUACUGUAAGUACACUACACUGACUCUCCUUUCUCUCUGUGUGGUAUAAACCUGUCAUAGUCAGGUGGUUGGUCUGUUGAAUGGAUGGUUUAAAUAUAGACAUUUGACACUUGA